AUGGUGGGUCAUUGCAACCUUAUCUAUUUGUUAACUUCGUUGUACUUAGGAACUGUGGUCAAUGGACAGAGCAGGGUACUGAGUAAUCGGAAUGACAGUUAUGAAGCUGGUAUCGUUAUCAGCACGGAAGAGUCAAUUCCGGAAAAUAUUCACUGUGCCUCGCCGUACAGAGUGUACAAUCAAGCAAGUUUGGAUUUCGCAGUGAAUGAGCUUAUCGCGAACGGAGAGUAUGUCGAUUUCUGGAUUGAUGGCACUAUUUCUGGCAGUACAAUAACAUUCAGUGAUGGUACAAGAAUGGCUGUUGAUUCGUCGUUGUUUCAUCGAAAAGAACCAAAUGGGAGUGGUGCUUGCAUCCAGUUGUGGUACCGUUAUGGUGAAUGGAAAUUAGAUGAUACGACAUGUGACGAUCCUCAGAAGUACCUGUGUUCGGCUGGGAUCGUGAUCAGCACGGAAGAGUUAAUUCCGGAAAAUAUUCACUGUGCCUCGCCAUACAAAGUGUAUAAUCAAGCAAGUUUGGAUUUGGCAGUGAAUGAGCUUCUCGUCAACCGAGAGUAUGUCGAUUUCUGGGUUGAUGGAAUUAUUGCAGGCAGUACAAUAAUAUUCAGUGAUGGUACAAGAAUGGUUGUUGAUUCGUCGUUGUUUCAUCGAAAUGAGCCAAAUAGGAGUGGCGCUUGCAUCCAAUUGUGGUACCAUUAUGGUGAAUGGAAAUUAGAUGAUACGCCAUGUGACGAUCCUCAGAAGUAUCUGUGUUCGGCUGCGCUUCUGAUCAGUUCGGAACAAGCACGUCCAUUCCAGUGUGCAUCACCAUAUAGAAUUACUGAUGGCGUUAGCUUGAAUUUAGCAGUGAGUGCGCUUAGUGCGAAUGGAGAGUAUGUUGACUUCUGGGUUGAUGGCGUCAUUUUAGGCAGUACGAUAAUAUUCAGUGAUGGCACAUUCAUGGAAGUUGAUCCAUCUUUGUUUCAUGUUAAUGAGCCCAAUGGUAGUGGUUCUUGCAUCCAGUUGUGGUUCCAUAAUAAUGAAUGGAAAUUAGAUGAUACUCCAUGUUACGAUGCUCAACGGUACCUUUGUGUGAAUUAAAAGGUCGCCGUUGACUCAAAGUUCAAGUAAUAUUUGAACAUAUUUAACGAAGAAUUUCUGCAAACCUAUCUGUAGUAAUAAGUAAACGCAUGCAUGAUGAGACUUUAUUUAAUCGUAUUUAUUGUUGUACAUUAAAAUAUUCUGUUCUCAAU